AGACCAAUCACUACUCUCAAAACGUUUAAACCUAUAACCAAUUAAAUCUCUCCGACCAUGCCGACCAGAAACAUCGCCAUCGGUGGAGUCCAAGAAGAAGUGACUCACCCCAGCGCACUUAGGGCGGCCCUCGCUGAGUUUAUCUCGACUUUGAUCUUUGUCUUCGCCGGCUCAGGCUCCGGAAUCGCUUUCAACAAGCUCACUGACAAUGGAGCCACCACUCCUUCAGGCCUUGUUGCCGCUGCCUUAGCUCAUGCCUUUGGUCUCUUCGUUGCUGUUUCCGUCGGUGCUAACAUCUCCGGUGGACACGUUAACCCUGCCGUUACCUUUGGUGCCUUCCUCGGUGGAAACAUCACUCUCCUCCGUGGUAUCCUCUAUUGGAUUGCCCAGCUUCUUGGCUCAGUCGCCGCUUGCUUCCUCCUUCAGUUCGCCACCGGUGGCUUGGCAGUUCCAGCGUUCGGUCUCUCCGCAGGAGUUGGAACCUUAAACGGUCUUGUCUUCGAGAUCGUGAUGACCUUCGGGCUCGUCUACACCGUCUACGCCACAGCCAUCGACCCCAAAAACGGUAGCCUCGGAACAAUCGCACCAAUCGCCAUUGGUUUCAUCGUUGGAGCUAACAUCCUCGCGGGUGGAGCUUUCAGCGGAGCCUCCAUGAACCCAGCCGUUGCUUUCGGACCAGCCGUCGUGAGCUGGUCGUGGAGCAACCACUGGAUUUACUGGGUUGGUCCUCUUGUCGGUGGUGGACUCGCCGGACUCAUCUACGACUUUGUUUUCCUCAUCGAGAACGGUCACGAGCAAUUACCCACCACUGAUUACUGAAGACGCCAAAAAGUUAAUGUUGUGAUUUGAUUUGUUUUUAUUUCGCAUCGUUUCUAUGUGACCGUUGGAUCUUCUUUUAGAUGAAUCUUGUCGGUUGGUUUGUGUUGUAUUUGUGGUUUGUUGUUGGAGUUGUAAUUUGCCUUGAAGGUUUUUUAGAUGAAUGUGAAUUAUGCAUGCUUCUACAUUAUAUUUUCCUCUUCUAGAUUUCUUGUUUUUA